AUGCUUCAUCCGGAGUCCUACACCACCGUACCAUCCGCUUCAAUCUCAAAAGCAGCUCUAAAAUCGUACGAUGCCAUCAUCGUUGGAGCCGGGAUCGCUGGUAGCUCCCUAGCUUUCGCUCUCACCGACCCGUCCCGAAACAGGAAUCGUCAGAGCGUACCGUCAGUGCUUCUGAUCGAGCGUGACCUUCGCCAGCCGGACCGAAUCGUUGGCGAACUUCUACAGCCGGGCGGAUGUCUUGCGGUUAAACGGUUGGGUUUACGAGAUUGUUUGGAUGAGAUUGAGGCGGUGGAAGUCAAUGGAUAUGGUGUAUAUUGGGGAACCGAUGCAUCUCAGAUUACCCAACUCGCAUUGCCUUACCCUGGGGAAUCCGUACCCAUGGGCUGGAAGGACGGCGCACUUUGGAACGGUAAAUCUUCCAAGGGCCAACCCCCUAGACAGCAGGGUCGGAGCUUCCAUCAUGGUAGAUUUGUCCAGCGACUCAGGUGGAAGGCACAUAGCCGCCCAACCGUCACCGUAUUACAGGCUACCGUCACCGACUUAAUCCGAUGCCCAAAGUCAGAUCACAUCAUCGGAGUCACCGUCAAGUCACCAGAUGAAGAAACUGCUUCCUUCUUUGCACCUGUCAACUUUGUCAUGGAUGGAUGCUUUUCCAAGUUCCGGCGGAUGAUUGCCCCCGAAGGAUUCAAGCAACCGACGGUGCGCUCGCAUUUUGUCGGCUUGCUCCUACAAACACCCGCCCCAUUCGAUUGUAUCCCCCUGCCUGGCCAUGGCCACGUGAUCCUGCGCAAGAGAAAUCCGGCCGAUCAGGAUGUAGUGGAUGGUGAACCAGGGGUCGGUCCGGUACUUGUCUAUCAAAUCGGUACCGCAGAAACUCGCAUGCUGGUCGAUGUCCCGGGUGCCAAAGUGCCAAGCAUUAGCAAUGGAAGUCUACAUGCUUACCUCGAGAGACAGGUGGGACCCAUCCUACCACGCAGCUUGCUCGAGACGUUUCAGGCGACUCUAGACUCUAGCGACCCAGAUUGUCGAUUGCGGGUGAUGCCCAACUCGUAUCUUCCUCCGCAUCGUCAAGAGGGCCAUGCCGGCGUGAUCCUGAUGGGAGAUUCUUUGAACAUGCGACACCCCUUGACUGGAGGGGGGAUGACGGUGGCUCUGUUGGAUGUCGAAAUCAUCAGCAACCUACUCGGCGAGCUAGAUGGGUUUGAAGAUUGGAAUGCGAUCGAAGAGAGACUGUCGAUCUGGCAUCAACAGCGGAAGCGCACCUCCACCUGUAUUAACGUCCUUGCUCAAGCGCUUUACAGUCUAUUUGGCGCAGAAGAUGACAAUCUAGAGAUUUUAAAAGAAGGAUGCUUCAAAUAUUUUGAAUUAGGAGGUAGACGGGUAUCCGACCCGAUCUCGCUCCUUUCGGCAUUAAUACCUUCACCUAUGCUCCUAUUCUAUCAUUUCUUCUCGGUUGCAUUCUAUGCGAUCUGGAUCUUCACUCAACAAAACGGCGUAAAGAUCAACAAGAUGUUCCAAAUCUUGUGGACUGCUUGUGUUACCAUCUUGCCGGUCCUAUGGGCCGAAUGCUAA